AUGAGUGUAUCUUUGCAUAGUAAUCUAACUUCGUGUGAGUAUUGGAAAUCCAAGAACUAUGAAGAUAUUUUUGUUGGUAAUACUGAGAAACACUUGUUUCGAAUUUGCUUUCCUUUACUUGCCGUAUUCAUAGUUAUCUUUAAUUUCUAUGUCGUGGCCAUACUAUUAAAGAAAAAACAUCGACAUAGAAUAGACAACGAGUUUCUAGUCCUUAGCAUUAGUGAUUUACUAGUUGGAUUAAUAUCAGUUCCGUUCUAUUCUUUACAUUUUUAUGAUAUUUCACAAGUUAUUUUAUGCACAUUGUAUCCAAUCAUGACAAGCGUCACUAUUUUCCCUUUUGCAUUUUCCUGGUCAAUGACGGUUGUAAUUUCGUGUGAGAGAUACUUUGUUAUUAUAUGGCCGGCCUUCCACAGGAGGUAUAUUAAAAACGCUUACGCAUAUCCAUUCUUAUUUGUUCUGCUUUUUACAACAACUUGUAUGGGUGUUUUUCUUGGCUGGACAGUAUACAAGGAAGUAAACUCCACCGUUAUCUACAUGGGAAUCUAUAAAGAAGAUCGAUGGCCAACACCAUUUGAAUUUGUUCAAAUAAUAUUAGAGAUUAUGAUAUUCCUAGUCGUAUUAACUUUGAAUUUAAAAAUGUACCUUUACGUUAAGAUCCUUUCAAAGAGAAUGAACAGUAGUCGACAAUACAGCGAGCGAACAAGUAGAAGACUAACUAUAACGGUAAUUCAUAUAUUCUUUUGUUUAUCCUUUUGUAAUAUUCCACAGUUAGUAACUAUCAUUUUGGAAUGGUUUGGCAUCGUGAAAGCAUCCAGCGCUUUGUAUCAUCUUCGCAGUUGGUCCAUGUUGACUCUUUAUUCCAAUUCUUUUUUAAACUCGAUUAUUCUGAUGCGUUCGAGUAAAUUUAGAAGCAAGUGA